AUGAGUUUUCUAAGAAAAGAUAGGUCUAAAUCUGGCUUGUUCUCAAGUGGUCAAAAGUAUUACGAGGAACCGCCAUUGUCGCCAACGACCGAGUUUACUUCGUCUGAUGAAGCAUUUUAUAAUCCAUCAGGGUCUUCAUCAUUUAAAAACGGCCAGGGCAGAAAGAAAAGCAGGACGGAUAAUUAUUCAGAUAAUCAGCUGGAUGUUGAAAAUGAAAGCCAUACCCUUCAUAAUAGUCAUAACGAAGCAACUACUGCUAAUGCCAACGCUAAUGCCAACGCUAAUGCCAAUGCUCAUGCCAAUGCUCAUGCUCAUACUGGUGCUGCUGGUGCUGCUGCUGCAAAUGACGACGACGAUGGUGAUGAUGACGAUGGUGAAUGUUCACCUCGAUCUUCGAUAGUUUCUUUGACACAGAACCACCCACCAAGCAACAAUUUAAAAGAAAACUAUCGUGGAUUCCAUGCAAAUCGGAGGGGAAAAAGCAUUGGUAAUAUCCCGCCUCUACUCCACCCUAUAAAGCCCAAAUUCAAGAAAAAAAGCAGUUCCUUGUUCAAUAAACUCAUAAUUUCUCGAAAAGAUGGCAACGAAGAUGACGAAAACGAUAACAAAAAGGAACGGCUAUUGUCAACUUCGUCUGAAGCUUCAUCUUCUUCCCCACCUGCAUCUGCAUCCUCGUCACGAGCUAACUCAAUCACUAAUGAAGAUAUCCCUCAAGCAUUAUUAUCACAUCACCACCAGGGCACCCAAAACCAACAGCGCAAGAGCAAUUCCUCAACUUCAUCGAACCAUUCCAAGCAUAAAUUCAGAUUGCCCCAGUUGCAAGAUUACCAUCUUCACCCGGGCUCAGCGGUCCUGGCCCACCUGCUCCAGAUGACGCAACCAGAGUCGCCAUUGCCUCAAUUUACUCAAAAGGAAAGAAAGGGGUCCGAUUUCACCUCUCCACUGCCGGGAAACUCGCAUCGAGACCCGUCCUUUUCCUCGGCUCCUUCUUCAGCUCCAUCGGAUAAAAUGAUAUCUUUGGACUUGAAUCUCGACGAGAUACAGGAUAUCGUUAAAAAGGACGAAACCGUUGCUCCAAGGCAAAACUGGAAAGCGCCAGAUAGUUGGGACGUCAAGGCUCCUCGAAUAGAGGAAGAACCCAUUGAAGAGAUCAAGAGGGAUAUGGAAGCAGAUAUUGAACCCAUAGGUAAGACUUUGCCUCUGCUUUACGGAGCACGAGAGUCUUCUCAUACUGGCGUCGAGCCCACGCCAAGUCACAUUAUUCGUAUAUUUAAAGAAGACGGGACAUUUACAACCAUCUUGUGCCCCUUGGAGGCAACAACUUCGGAAUUGCUCGGAGUGGUGCAAAAAAAGUUCUUUUUGGAGUCAGCUUCCAAUUGUCAAUUGGCAGUUCAUAUUGGAAGCUGCGUCAAAGUGUUGGAGAGUUUUGAGAAACCAAUGAAGAUUCAAAUGGGUUUAUUACUCUUGAGCGGAUACAAGGACGAAGACAAUUUGAGAAUCAUUGGUCGAGGCGACCUUUCUUAUGUAUGCAGAUUUGUUGUUGAGAACAUCUACUUGCGCAGUUUGACGCACGAGGAAGAGAUGAUUUUGUCUAAAAACUAUGUCGAUGUCAAUAUAUCAUCGUUGAACCUCAAAAAUAUACCCAUCAUUUUCCAUCAGCACACCUACGAGAUUGAGAGGUUGAAUGUGUCGGAGAAUCCUUCCAUUUAUAUACCGCUUGACUUUAUACAAUCUUGUACAAAUUUAACCAGUAUCAACUCGUCUCGAAAUGGAAGCUCGAAAUUCCCAAUCAACUUUUUGGAGGCAACAAGCCUCACCCACCUCAACCUCGAGCAAAACUUUUUGGACGACUUGCCACCAAAGAUCAAUGUCUUGUCAAAUUUGACCCACUUGAAGCUCAACUCCAAUCAACUAACCCUGCUUCCAAAAUCUUUUGGUCAACUUACCCAAUUGGUCUCGCUUAACUUAUCCUCCAACUACUUUAAUCAGUACCCCGAGGCAAUAAAUGAUCUUCAAAAGUUGACCGAGUUGGACUUGUCCUACAAUGACUUGUCUUAUAUUCCCGAAUCUAUUGCCAAUUUGAAAGCACUACAAAAGUUGAACUUGUGCACAAACAAGCUCUCGCGAGCAUUACCACAUUUUUUUGGUGAGUUGAAAUCGUUGAAAAGAUUGGACGUUAGGUACAACAAGAUCUCCAACGUGGAUGUCCUCGGUCUCUUGCCGAGUUUGGAAGUGUUGUACGCCUCGCGCAACAACAUUUCUGGUUUCUGCGACCAAAUGGAGAAUCUCAGAUUGCUUCAUUUUGACAAGAAUCCCAUAACGGAGUUGAAAUUUCUCAACCCGCUGCAAAUGCUCAAUCUUUUGGACUUGUCCAAGGCCAAGAUUACCCUGAUUUCACCUGAUUUCAUUGACAAAAUCCCAAACGUUGAAAAAGUUGUACUUGACAACAACCACUUGGUCACCUUGCCCAAUGAAAUUGGCAAGCUCAAGAAGCUCACCCAUUUGUCAAUCUUUUCAAACAACUUGCAAAGCAUACCGGCUACCAUCGGUGAACUCUCAAACUUGCAACACCUUGAUUUGCAUUCCAAUAACAUCAAGUCUUUACCGACCGAGAUUUGGAACUUGACUUCGUUGACUUUGUUAAAUGUGGCGAGUAACAACUUGACUUCGCUACCAAAGCCUCCGUCUUUAGCCAAGAGGAUCUCAACCACUACUACCGCCAAUGAUAAUGCUGUUGCUUCUGCCGCUGCUGCCGCUGCUACAGAGAUUGAACCCCCGUCUGGCUCGUUAGCAGAUAGUUUAUCGAUCUUGGUUGUUGCUGAUAACAGGCUCAAUGACGAAUGUUUUGAGUCUAUUUCCUUUUUGGUCAACUUGACAUCACUCAAUGUUUCCUACAAUGAGUUGGUGAAUAUUGGCACCUUGCCUUCCAACUUGCGCGAUCUAUAUGUCUCAGGUAAUGAGAUUUCCACUUUGCCUGAUGAGUUGCCUCAAAAUUUAAAGUUGUUGUACAUAAACAACAACAAGUUGAUCACCCUUCCCGCAAAGCUCAGUCUGUUGAAAAAAUUGGCUCAUUUCGAUGGUGGGUCCAAUCAGCUUUACUAUAAUAUAUCAAACUACUUGUACGACUGGAACUGGAACUCAAACAAAAAAUUGAAAUACUUGAACUUGAGUGGGAACAAGCGGUUCCAUAUCAAGGAUGUCAAAAACAACCAGAAAGAGGAACUCAAUGGCUUUUUGGGCCUCAAGGACUUGAUAGUCUUGGGGUUGAUUGAUGUCACCUUGACCACGACUUCGCUUCCAGAGCAGUCGGUUAACAAGAGGGUGCGCACAACUGGUUCGGAAAUCGACACCAUCGGGUAUGGUGUUUCGGACACAGUGGGCGCGAGGGAGUUUGUUUCAAACAGAGACUUGUUUAUCCAAAAAUUCAGAGGCAAUGAAAAGGAGCUUCUCAUUUGCUCGAUUGACGGGAAACACGGUAUGCCUAACCAAGGGCACAGAAUCUCCUCAAUAGUGAAAAAUAUGCUUGCUGCCACUCUAUCCGACGAAUUGGCCAAGGUGAAUGAUGAAGACGACAAGGUUCCCGUGGCUUUGCGAAGAGCAUUUCUCCACUUUAACAAAGAAAUCAAUGGGACACUCUUGGCCAAGAAGAAUAAUGCCUUUGCUCCUGCUCCUCACCAGGUAAGCGAUCUAUGCGACGUCAACAUCAUCGACGAUGCUCAUAGCGGAUGCGCGGUGACUGUUAUCUAUAUUCGAGACAAGAAGCUUUACAGUGCCAAUAUCGGAGACAUUGAAGCUCUACUUUGCCAAAACAACGGAAACUUUAAAAUCCUCACAAAUGCACACAAGCCCACUAAUCGUGCCGAGUUUGAAAGAAUCAGGGCAGCAGGCGGUUAUGUCUCUGGUAGCGGGGACUUGGAUGGUGAGUUGGCGAUUUCGCGUGGUGCUGGCUUCUUUUCGUUUUUGCCUCACACACACUCUGGUCCCGACGUUGGCGAAAAGACUUUGACUGCUGCUGACGAUUUGCUUAUUAUUGCGACCAAAGUGUUGUGGGACUUUCUCACUUAUGAGUUUGCAGUCGACAUUAUCCGGCAAGACAAACACAAUCCCAUGGUGGCGGCGCAAAAGCUUCGAGAUUUUGCCAUAUGCUACGGGGCAUCGGAUAAAAUCUCGGUGAUUGUGCUAACUUUUGGAGAAAAGUCGAAAGAAAGCUCAUUAUACAAGAAUGUCGGACGCGAGGCGGAAUUUUUCGCCAAGAGAAGAAGGCAACAGAUUGGUGGCGACUCCAGUCUCCGGAGAUUGGAUAACGAGAUCGAGCCUCCCGUCGGUGACUUGGCUCUUGUGUUUACAGAUAUCAAAAACUCGACGUUAUUAUGGGACUCCUACCCUGUGCCAAUGAGAUCCGCGAUCAAGACCCACAAUUCAGUUAUGCGGCGCCAGUUGAGGAUCAUUGGUGGGUAUGAAGUGAAAACAGAAGGGGAUGCUUUUAUGGUUGCGUUCCCUUCGCCGACUUCUGCUUUGUUGUGGUGUUUUAACGUGCAGCAAAAUUUGUUGACCGCCGACUGGCCAACCGAGAUUCUUGAGACGGACCAGUGCUGCGAGGUGACAGAUGCCGAGGGCAAUGUCUUGUAUCGUGGAUUAUCAGUUCGUAUGGGAAUCCAUUGGGGAACACCAGUGUGUGAGCCAGAUAUUGUCACGGGAAGAAUGGACUAUUUUGGUCCCAUGGUUAAUCGUGCAUCGAGAGUAAGCGCGAUAGCCGAUGGUGGUCAAAUCGCGGUGAGCUCUGACUUUUUGGGCGAAAUGAGGGCGUUGAUGGCGAUCCACGACGACAUCAAAAGCAACAAAAAAACAAUAUCCGACGCUUAUCAUGGCAACUAUAGCGCCGGGAAAAUUAUAGAGCGAGAGUUGACUGCGAUUGAAGACCACGGAUCAAAUUUUUACAAAAUAGGAGAGCGGAAAUUAAAGGGGUUGGAGACGCCCGAGAUGAUCACCUUGGCUUAUACCAGUAGGUUGAAACUUCGUUUUGAGAUUUUCCAAAAACGCCUCGACGUGGAUGAAAGUCACAGCACUAGAGUCAUUGGCACGCUCCCGAUUGACUGCAUUACUGCCAUUGGCGGCAUCUCCUUAAGGCUUGAAAAUGUCCUUUCGUUCAUGAAUGGAGGCACGUACAUUUCAGAGUUGCAACAGCCGAAGACGCAGGACGUUUCGGUGAAGGACUUGUUGAAUUCUGUAACAAGAAUAGAAAACGCGGUGGCUACCUUGUUCUUGAGGCAACAAAUCAACGACAGCACUCCCGGUUUCACCAUGGAGUCGUUGGAUCUGGUGCUUACAUUGUUGUCUGAUAUUUUGAAAAAAAACAAAUCGUAG